UUCUCUCUUCCUGAUGAAACCAUCUGCGAAAGAGAGAUUGCAGAAAAACCUUUCACUGUGGAUUUGCGGUUAGUAAUGAGUCCACUGACUCCUGAUGGUCUGGUUUGGAGCUGGUCUUAAGUUUCUGAUCGAUACCUGAUCCCUGACCUUGACCUGGGAGUGAGAAGUCACUACAGAGUGCCUGCUGUGGGCAAGCAGCACAAAUCCCUUGUCUGUAGAGAGUUUGUACAAUCACGGUACACAUGUGCGUAGCUCUGAAACAGAAAGACUGCGUUGGGCUGGGGAACAAAGAACUGGCUGAGAGCGAUGAACAGAGAGGGUAGAAAGGGGGGAAGAGCGUGGGCACAGCCCUGGGGACGUGGGUGGUAACUGCUGUGGAGAAGGUGAGUGCCUGUUUUGUCUGAGCUUGCUUCCCACGAUUGCCUCUGUUCUCCCUUCCCUCCUAGGUAUGUUGAGCCACGGCUUCCCCCAAAGCCAUACUGGUAUCGCUGGCCUUUGCCUGCUGCUGUUCCCAGUUGUCACCCUGUCCUUCCUGUGGUCUCCAGGCUCUUUAGGAAGAGCUGCAGUGGGUGAUACCAACCGAGGCCCUGGGAGGUGGAGGACCAGAGGAUGGGAUUCCCCCUCCUGUCGCUGUGGCAACCGUUGGGAAGGGAAGCAGCAGUGGGGUGUGAUGGGCGGCUGCGUGGCUGUGGAGGGGUGUGAUGGGGAGGCUGCGGAGGCAGGGCUGCGCUGACAUCAUGCCGGGGAGGUGGCGCAGAGGGAAGGGGAGUGGGAAAAGGAGAGCCAGGGAGACUGCGGAGGGAAGAGAGCUGCAUCGGGAGUGGGCUCCAGGGAAAGCGGCUGGUGGGACGCGGCGAUCGGAUCCUCGUCGCUUUCGGGACCGACCCCUCGCCCUCCGCCUCGAGUGGACCACCGUCGAUCGGCAGCCACCGCCCCGGUAGCCAUGGGCUCGGAGCGGGACUCCGAGUCGCCGCGCUCCUCGUCCAUCCACUCGGCAGCCGCCAAGUGCCCCAAGCCCGGCCGCCGCCGCCGCCUCUCCUUCCAGAGCGUCUUCUCCGCCGCCGCCGCCUCCGCCGCGGGCGGCCGCCGCCGCGCCAAGGCCGAGCCGCCGCCGCCUCCCGCCGCCCCGCCGGCCCCGCCGCCCCCGCCGCCGCCGCCGCCGCCUCCGCCGCCCCCGGAGGAAGCGCCGGUGGUCCCGGAGGGGAGCGGCGAAGAGGAGCUGGAGUGCCCGCUGUGCCUGGUGCGGCAGCCGGCGGAAAACGCCCCGCGGCUGCUGUCGUGCCCGCACCGGUCGUGCGGGGCCUGCCUGCGGCAGUACCUGCGCAUCGAGAUCACCGAGUCCCGCGUCAACAUCUGCUGCCCCGAGUGCAGCGAGCGCCUCAACCCCGCCGACAUCCGCCGCCUCCUCCGCGACUCCCCGCACCUCGUCGCCAAGUACGAGGAGUUCAUGCUGCGCCGCUGCCUCGCCGCCGACCCCGACUGCCGCUGGUGCCCGGCCCCCGACUGCGGCUACGCGGUUAUUGCCUACGGCUGUGCCAGCUGCCCCAAGCUGACCUGCGAGAGGGACGGCUGCCAGACGGAGUUCUGCUAUCACUGCAAACAGAUAUGGCAUCCCAACCAAACCUGCGACAUGGCCCGCCAGCAAAGGGCACAGACGCUCCGAGUACGGACCAAGCACACAUCAGGCCUCAGUUACGGACAAGAAUCCGGGCCGGCUGAUGACAUCAAGCCGUGUCCGCGAUGCAGCGCUUACAUCAUCAAGAUGAACGACGGGAGCUGUAACCACAUGACGUGCGCGGUGUGUGGCUGCGAGUUCUGCUGGCUGUGUAUGAAGGAGAUCUCGGAUCUGCAUUACCUCAGUCCCUCUGGCUGUACCUUCUGGGGCAAAAAGCCAUGGAGUCGUAAAAAGAAGAUUCUCUGGCAGCUGGGCACAUUGAUCGGCGCUCCUGUAGGCAUUUCCCUUAUUGCUGGCAUUGCCAUUCCUGCUAUGGUCAUUGGCAUCCCUGUGUAUGUCGGGAGGAAGAUCCACAGCAGGUAUGAGGGAAAGAAGACUUCUAAGCACAAGAGGAACUUGGCCAUUACUGGUGGGGUCACCUUGUCUGUCAUUGCCUCUCCCGUCAUCGCUGCUGUCAGUGUUGGUAUCGGAGUCCCCAUCAUGCUGGCUUACGUCUAUGGUGUUGUGCCGAUCUCGCUGUGCCGAGGCGGUGGCUGUGGAGUUAGCACCGCCAAUGGAAAGGGUGUGAAAAUCGAAUUUGAUGAAGAUGAUGGACCAAUCACAGUGGCCGAUGCUUGGCGAGCCCUGAAGAACCCCAGCAUUGGCGAAAGCAGCAUUGAGGGGCUGACCAGUGUGCUGAGCACCAGUGGCAGCCCCACCGAUGGGCUCAGUGUGAUGCAGGGCAACUACAGCGAGACGGCCAGCUUCGCUGCUCUCUCGGGCGGCACCCUGAGUGGUGGUGUCCUCUCGGGAGGCAAGGGGAAGUACAGCAGGCUGGAAGUUCAGGCAGAUGUCCAGAAGGAGAUUUUCCCUAAAGACUCGGUCAGCUUGGGGGCUAUCAGUGACAACGCCAGCACUCGAGCCAUGGCUGGUUCCAUCAUCAGCUCCUACAACCCCCAGGACAGGGAGUGCAAUAACAUGGAGAUCCAGGUGGACAUUGAAGCCAAACCAAGUCACUACCAGCUGGCCAGCGGCAGCAGUACAGAGGACUCUCUGCACGUCCACACCCAAAUGGCAGAGAAUGAAGAGGAGGAAGAGGAGGAGGAGGAGGAAGAGGAAGAAGAUGGUGAGCAGGAGCAGACGUGCAAACACCAAAGCUGUGAGCAAAAGGACUGCAUUGCCAGCAAAACCUGGGACAUCACCCUGGCCCAGCCUGAGAGCAUACGGAGCGACCUGGAGAGCUCCGACAGUCAGUCGGACGAUGUGCCAGACAUUACCUCGGAUGAGUGUGACUCCCCCCACUCUCAGACUGCAGCAACUUGCCCCCAGACUCCCAAGUCUAGAGGUGCCGAGAGCCCAAGUGCCCACCUGAGCCACUGUGCCCAAGCUGAGGGCUGCAGGCUGGAGGAAAUAGUCAAACUGGAGUGCAUCGAAGCCAGAGUAUGAAGUGGCCUCCUGCUGAAAAGCACACUCGCUGUCGUUGCAUCUUUUGGGGCAGGGUUGUGUCCGUGUUGGCUUCUGUUUGCGAUUCCCCAGCCUCGCCUCGGGGAGUUGCUGUUUCUUACAUGACAAAAAAGAAAAAGGAAAAAAAAAAAAAAAAAUCCCCGGCCCUCUUUUUGUUUUAAUUUAUUGGUUCAAGCUCUGUGAGGUGUGUAAGAGUGUAAAUAUGUACGUGUGUCUGUAUGUCUGCAAACAUCCUAAGGGACUAUUUGAAUAAAGACUGGUUGUCAUUCGA